CGAGAAAUUCGAAGCGUGUAUCCAACACGUUGAGCCACGCGUGAAUCGCUGAAAGUUCUGACCCACGGAGAGAACACGCCGCCUUGUAUCCGCCGUGAAUUGUUUGAAAUCCAAAAAUUAAACAUGGGUGACAUUGAAGAUACUCAUUUCGAGACUGGUGAUUCUGGUGCUUCUGUCACAUACCCUAUGCAAUGCUCAGCCCUCCGCAAGAACGGUUUUGUCAUGUUAAAAUCUCGACCGUGCAAGAUUGUGGAAAUGUCCACUUCUAAAACUGGAAAGCAUGGUCAUGCCAAGGUUCAUCUUGUGGGCAUUGAUAUCUUCAACUCUAAGAAGUAUGAAGAUAUCUGCCCAUCAACACACAAUAUGGACGUGCCCUUUGUGAAGCGAGAGGACUACCAGUUGACAGACAUAUCUGAUGAUGGAUACUUAUGUUUGAUGGCUGAUAAUGGAGACUUACGUGAGGAUCUCAAAAUACCUGAUGGCGACUUAGGCCAGCAACUUCGUGCAGACUAUGAUGCUGGAAAGGAAUUACUUUGCACAGUGCUAAAAGCCUGCAAUGAGGAGGUAGUAAUUGCUAUCAAAAACAAUACUGCCCUUGAAAAAUAAUUGUGUUCAGUUUGAACAUUACACCAGCCUCAAUACCUACUUAGCCAAUCAACACCUUAUAAUUGGUAAAUAAAAAAAAGGAAAUAAGAGUCAACAGUUUCAGCCAGCAGUAACUCGACUAUGGAGUGAAAGCAUCUUUUUAUCAAAGUAACAAUUACUUACUUUCUUAAUAUUAUUUAAAAAAAAAACCUGCGUUGGAAGUUUCUAAGCAUUGUAAGCGGAAGCUGGGUUGCAAAUAACAAAUGUGCAGCCCAGUUCUAGAAACUAAACAUACACACACACACACACACAAACAAACCACACACAUACGUUGUUUGUUAUACAUAAGAUAUAGCGACGACUUUUCAUUGAAGGGUUGAAUGCAAAUAAAAUUGGAGAAAGUCUUUACAUAACCAUCUUUUUUUUCUUUUUGUUGAUUCAUCAUGUUAUGAAAUAAAAACAAACUGUUGUUGGCUUUACAGUGGCAAAAUUAUAAUUAUAAAAGAUUUUCAAAAGACAGAUGCUUAUGACGAAAUAAGACCAAAUAGAAUAGUGUUGACUGCCAAGCGGAACAAUUUUUUCAUAAGUUAUUGAGCAAAAUGUCUUUCACACAAAGGCAUGAGGCUUUUAUUGUCCAGCUUAUAACUUGAAUACAAAUCAAAGUAACUGGGCAACAAAAUCUUACUUCAUGCUAAUUAAUAACCAUAUUUUUUCAUAACAUUUUGUUUAACAAUUGUAUUGAACUAUAAAGAUUUUGUUUGGAUAAAUUAUUUAAUUUUUUUAUAAUGUCAAACUACCAACUAAUCUUAAGAAAAAUAGUGGCGCAUUGGUAUUGUAAACAAUUGAAAAUAUGCCAGAGCAUUCAGUUAUAGAAUUAUUAUAGAAAAAUAUUUUGAGUUUUAUAUCUUUUUAUAGUCGAGUACAAGUAUAUAAUAUCUAUAUCUGAUACUUUGGCCUAUGUUUUGUAAUUAUUGCAAUAUAGCAAAGUUAAAUUUCAAGGAAUUCUUAUUUGUUUAAUAUCAACGCAUAUAUUUG